UUUUCACUAAAUGUAAUGACUGUGGAAGGCUUUGGCAAAAUAACUGGAUCUUUGGAUAAUACCAUCGUUUAUGCUGAGUUAGCAAUAAAUGUCAUAAAUUUUAAACUUAAUCUUUACGAUUUUCGUAUAAUGGAAUUCAGUAACAUCCAGGUGCAAUUGGAACAAGAUCGUUUAAUAAGACAAUUGACUGGCAUUAUUUUAAGUCCAAUCACAAAUUUGUUUAAGGACCGCAUAACAACAUCGAUAGCCGAUGGACUCAAGGAGCAAAUGCAAUCUGUAAUGGAUGACUUUAAUACCGAGGAUCUUUUACAGCUGCGCAACUUUACUAGAAAAUGGUUGUCUGGAAUAACACAAAAUGCGACAAUUGAAUUAAUGUAUCACUAA